AUGUUCAGGCAAAUCUGGAUCAACAAGCACCACAGCAACUAUCAACGUAUCCUUUGGAGAGAACAUCCUUCAGCUCCACUUCUACAUUACCAACUCUGCACUGUAACCUAUGGCACUGCAUGUGCACCAUUUCUGGCUGUACGGGUUCUUGAGCAACUGGCCAGAGACUACCAACAUUUGUAUCCAACUGAUGCGCGCAUUCUUCUUGAGGAUUUCUACGUUGAUGACGUUUUAACAGGAGAUGACACCGAGGAGAAGCUUCUACAAUACAAACAAGAACUAACCCAACUAAUGUCAUGUGCUCAACUCGAACUUGGAAAAUGGAUUUCCAACAGCAAGCGCGUUGUCGACCCUGAGACAACAAUCACAAACAACACAUCAUACAGUCCACUCGAAACUACGAACAAGGUUUUGGGAAUUCAUUGGCAACCGCACACGGACACAUUGCCAUACAAGGUAUCUUUGCCCAGCGAGGAAAAGAUUACAAAACGGCAAGUUUUAUCAGAUGUGUCUCGCCUUUUCGACCCACUUGGAUUGCUGGCUCCAGUGGUUAUACAAUUCAAAAUCCUGUUCCAACAACUUUGGGUUCUCAACUUAGACUGGGACAGCCCGCUACCGCUCAGCCUGGAAGAUUGGUAUUUCAAAUGCAAGCACGAUAUCAACACGCUCAAUAAACUUGAGGUUCCACGCUACAUUUGCAGCUCUACUGACACAAUUGAAUUGCACGCCUUCUCGGACGCAUCUAUAAAAGCCUACGCCGCUGCCGUUUACAGUAGAGUCGCUCUCCCUGAUGGUAACACACAGGUUACUCUUAUAGCUGCAAAGACUCGUGUUGCACCGCUCAAAACACAAUCACUUCCACGCCUUGAAUUGUGCGGCGCACUGCUACUAAGUCGACUUAUCAACUCAGUCAAAGCUGCACUGAAAAACUACAACGUCACUGUUUACGCCUGGUGCGACUCUACCAUUAUUUUGGCUUGGCUCUCGCACAUACCUGCCAAACUGAAGACUUUCGUCGCAAACCGCACUGCCGAAAUCCUCAGCAUCAUUCCACGAGAUCACUGGCAUCAUGUCAAAUUAGAUGACAAUCCUGCUGACUGCGCUUCAAGGGGCAUGCUAGCUGCUGACUUAGUAAACUACAGCCUAUGGUGGAAGGGGCCACACUGGCUAUACUCAACCGAAGCUGAAUGGGUAAAAACACCUAGCACUCCACAUUCUAGUUUUGUUUCAGAUGAACAAGUCCAGGCGGAAGUAAAAGGUUCUGCAUUCACAACAAUGAGAACAUACAACACUGAAACCUCACUAUUGGGCCAACUGAUCGACCGUGUCUCCUCGUGGCCAAGGGUACUUCGUAUUCUCGCCUACGUUCUCAAGUUCAUCCGACGCAAUCGCAGAAAAUCCAACACCGCUACGCUGAUAUUUGAGGAAAUCCAUGACGCACAGAUCCUGUACCUGCGCCAUGCCCAAGACGAAUUCCAAGCUGACUAUAAACGACUCCUCAACCAUCAAGAUUUGGGACAACAAAUUCAAACAUGGACUCCGGCGAGUGGGCCGCUUAGCUAA